AUACGCACGCACACUUAAAUCUUCUGAUUUUAUUUGUUCGUAGCUUAUGGGUUUCUCUGCAUGCUCCACAAACCCUCUUUCCACUAAAACAAUAUAAUCAGGUUGAGAGUGGCAUUGAUCCGCUCCUCGUCAGUUUACUCGUCACCAUUGGCCGUCCCUCGGCUCGAUAAAGUUAUGUAGUCGGCCGGUCGGUGUCCCCCGAUACGAGUCAGUGUUUCGGUUGGCGUUUGGCAUUCUUCUGACGCGUAGAGAUCGAGUCAGAAAAGCAAUACUAUUUGGUGCGUCGUGACUCAGCGACGAUGUCUUCCUGUUAGUCUGGUCCAGUGUUAGGGCAGCACGGCCCGGAUGUGCGCGGGGCGUGCGUCCUGGCAGGGGUCGGCACAUGGCUCCGCCCGAGCGUGGCCACUAUGUGGCCGUGCCCCGCCGCCACCUGGUGUGGACCGCCAUCCGGCCGGCGCUCCGCAUCGCGCAAAUCUGGUCCCUGCUGUUCAUCAAUCUUACGUCACCGACAACCAAGCUGCUGACGUGGCACGCAGCGUACGCCGUCCUCAUGACCGUCUUCAUUAUGGUCAUGGGCGUCGGCUUUGUUGCAGAAUUCUUACAGAACCCUCCUUCUAAGAGGCAGGGGGACAGCUUCAGGUUCUUAGUGGCAGUUCCUGCCUUCUUCGGGUUCAUGGCGAUGGUGCUGCUGUGGGUGCGGGUCGCGGGCCGGUGGACCAGGCUGUGGGCUCUCGUGGACGAGCUGGAGGACCGGCUGUGGGGGCGAGGGGUGCACCGCCUGCCGCGGCUGUGCCGGCGCGCCCGGAACUCGGCGUACGCCUUCGUUCUCGUCAAUAUCGUGCAACAGACCCACGUGCUGAUACGCAGGCUGCCCGCGUCAAGCCUGUACGAGUGGUCUUUGUUGAUCUGCACCCUGUGCUUCGGAGGGGUGUUCAACUUCAGCACCCUGCUCCUCAUCGUCCUGAGCCACGCGCUGGCAGAGUGCUUCCGCGCUUUCACGGCCAUGCUUGAAAGCGCCGCCCGGCAGUGUGAUGGUCAGAUCCCGACGGAGGCGGUGGAGGACUUCAGAGUCUUGUACAACAAGAUGUGUGGGCUAACGCUGGCCCUGGACCACUGCGUGAACCCCGUAAUUCUCGUAGCCAUUUUCACGGAUGGCGUGUACAUCUGUCGUUUUGUCCUCCUAUCAUUGGCGGUCUCAGCUCAGGACUGGCAUUCGUCCACAUUGAUGACCAUCUCUUUCUUACGGUUCGUCUGGACGAUCCUCGCCGCUUCGUCGGUGCACAGUGAGUGGCAAUCAACGAAAUUAUGCCUGCAUAGAAUGGUCUCGUGCAGGGGUGGAAAAGAGGCCACGCGUUUCUUCAUGCAGAUCGUCACUGAUCGGAUUUCUCUGACAGCUUUAGAAAUGGUACCAAUCACUAAACACCUACUGCCUACGGUGUUGGGCGCAAUACUAUCGUAUGAGAUCAUCCUCGUCCAAUUUCAACUACAAAAGUUGAAGCGAGUAUUUAGUAGUCAAAAAUCCACUCUUACCUAGCGUUCCAUGGUUUUUCCCGCCCACACAAUAAUAAGGACAUGUGAACAAAAUAAUGCCAACCCAAUAAAAAGGAGACACAUUAAAACAAAUAUAUCUUAAUACAUUUCAUAAAACGCCAAAUUAAUCAAUUAUUUUUAUUAAACAUUGAAUAUGUUGUGUGUUCCUGAAGACAUUACUGCCAUUGACCUGCACGUCCCGGCCCACACGGCUGAUUUCCUUGCACUCUCCGUUAUUAAUCGGCUCGAUUCGGUUCGCCGAGGUUCGACCCUAGACACCGCGCACGGCGGUGGCCACCGACCCGCCCGCUCAGUCAGGGUGGGUGCUGCCGCGACAUUUCAAACGAUUUUAAAUCGAAAGGCAUUGUAUUGUUUGUUGAAAAACAACUGCAGGGCUAAGAAACAGACAAUCCCCUCGAUCAGGUCACAAAGCCGACUCGCGCGCAGUCUUGAGUGGCAUUGAUGGCAUUGCGUGGUAUUGAUCCGCACUUCGGCGCUCGUCCAUUUACUUAUCACCAUUGGCCGUUCCUCGGCUAGAUAGAGUUCUGCAGUCGACCGGUUAGUGUCCCCCGAGUCAGUGUCUCGGUUGAUGUUUAUCAUUCUUCUGACGUGUAGAGAGCGAGGUAGAAAAGCAAUAAUUGUUUUACGUGACUCCGCGACGUUGUCUUCCUGUUAGUCUCCUCCAGUAUAGGGCAGCUGGACCCGGAUGUGCGCGAGGCUUGCGUCCUGGCGGAGGUCGGCGCAUGGCUCCGGACGCACGUGGCCACACUGUGGCCAUGCCUCGCCGCCACCUGGUGUGGAACGCCAUCCAGCCGGCGCUCCGCAUCGCUCAAAUCUGUUCUCUGCUGUUUAUCAGUCUAGCGUCACCGGUGACCAAGUUGCCGUCGUUGCACGCAGCGUACGCCGUCCUCAUGACCCUCUUCAUUAUGGCCAUUGGUGGCGCCUUUGUUGCAGACUUUUUGCAGACUCCUCCUUCUGAGCGCCAUCAUGACAGCUUCAGGUUCUUAGGUAGCAGAGUUUUUGCCGUCAGGAGAGUACUCAGAAGAGCAAUGCUUCCUGCCUGAACAGUUUCUGUUUAAACGUCUAGUUGACGCCAUCGUAGCAAUCGUAGUUUGGAUUUCAUUGCCAACGUACCCAGAGAGAAAUAGGUCGUGGAAAAGACGUGGAUUCCACGUGGUUUCGUGGACGUUUCGUGGUGGUGGAUAUACAUCCACGAGAUAUCCACCACUAUUUACCUUUCUAAAAAGAUGCAAAUAAAAUCAGAAGAAACCAUUUUUGCAUCAACAUUUCUCACUAAAUGGGAUUUUUAUUGUUCUGAACGCCAUAUUUCAGUAUAUUGUCAAUUCGACGUGGAAUCCACGUCGAAUCGACGUGUAUCAGUUCGUCUGUCGUGUACACGUCGAUUCCACGUUGAUCUCACGUCGAUUGCCUCGAAACCCUUAAUUUAGUUGCUCGUACCAGUUCGUCUCAAAUACCUAUGCUUCUCACUUUAAAACAGCGCCAACGAAACUGUUAGACAUUUAUUCUGUGACAGGGCACACGCUUUUCAUUUGUCAUCUUCAUUGAAGAAUACUUAGAAAGUGUUCCUGACAGAACACCUUUCAAAAUAUUCCGCCACGACACCACAGAGAGUCUCGUUUCAAACGGAAACAAGCUGGGCCCGCUCUUCCGCCAAACCAAGUUGCCAGCUCCGCUUCGCUCCACCGGCAACUCGGUUCGGCAGGGAGCGGGCCCAGCUUGGCCUGCCGGCGGCGUUUGGAACGGGCCUUCGGCCCGUCCCUUCUGAAUUUUCAUGGUGUAAUACA